AUUUUCUCCGCCGUCGCGAACUAUUUUUGGCUUUGGCAUAUGCUGCCACGUGACAACCAAAUCCACUCUUCCGCCGGACACUUCCCUUCUCACCGACGACAUUGCAGGGCUCGCUUUUGAUGGCCAAACCCAAGGCUCCGAGGCAAACCCUAGAUUCUUACACUGUCAAACGCAUCAACAAAACCAUCAAGGCCGGCGAUUGCGUGCUCAUGAGGCCCCCCGAACCCUCGAAGCCGUCGUAUGUAGCAAAGAUUGAGAAGAUUGAGGCUGAUUCUCGUGGGGCCAAUGUGAAGGUCCAUAUUCGCUGGUAUUACCGACCGGAGGAAUCAAUUGGCGGUCGGAGACAGUUUCAUGGGUCGAAGGAAUUGUUUCUCUCCGACCAUUACGACGUUCAAAGUGCCGACACCAUCGAGGGGAAGUGUACGGUUCAUUCAUUUAAGAGUUAUACCAAGCUUGAUGCCGUUGGAAAUGAAGAUUAUUUUUGCCGCUUCGACUAUAGUUCCACUACCGGAGCUUUCAAUCCGGAUCGAGUGGCUGUGUAUUGCAAAUGUGAGAUGCCUUAUAAUCCCGACGACCUAAUGGUUCAGUGCGAGAGCUGCACUGAUUGGUUUCAUCCCGCUUGUAUAGAAAUGACUGCAGAAGAAGCUAAAAAACUUGACCACUUCUUCUGUGAAAGCUGUUCUUCAGAGGAUCAAAAGCUGCAGAGUUCACAGUCUACAUCUAAAUUUGCAGAGACAAAGGUAUUUCUCCUUGUUUGGGUGAUAGAAUGGGCAGUAUUUCUCCUUGAAGAAGUCAUAUUGCUUGACUAGAAGCUAACAAUAAAGGUGGAUACCAAACGACGCCGGAGGUGACGAUAGUGUAAAUAUACAAAAUACGGUGACUUAGAGUCGUUAAGAACCAACGAGAAGAGCAUCUAACUUUCUAAUGAGUUGGAACAAGUGCAUAUAGAUGUAGGAUUGUGCAUAUACUACUAGCUCUAGAGUGUUGACAUUCAUUGCAGGUAGAGAGAGACUGGUUUGAAAUGUAUCGAAGUUCUUUUAUUACAAUGAACCGAACUAAACUGAACCAAACCGAACCGAACCGAACCAAACCCUUUGUUUCAUUUCCUGCAAAACUUCAUGUGGGGUUGUUGUGUGUUGGGUUUUCUUUGAUUAACUUGUUGUUGUUGGGUUACUGAAGAAAUUUGGUUUAGAAUGCUAAGUUACUCCUUAAACUUAACCAUGGAUUUAUUGGGUUUUGUUUGUUGAAA